UUUAAUUACUCAAAAACUAAGAUACAUUUAAACAUCUAAUUUUCUGUUUUUUUCUUAUUCAAAGUAAAUAAUAGCAUUGAAUUUCAAAAAAAAAAAAUAUACUAAAUUACAUACAGUUUAGAAAAAAAAUUCAAAUUUAUUUCAAAGCUAGCUGCGCCACAUCAAAAGUAGAUUAUCAAUGGAUGGGAUUCCAAGCAAGUCGUCGAAUCAAAUUGUAUGACUUGCAAUACAACUUCGUUUUAUUUGGUUGCUAAAAAAGUAUUAAUUAGUUCUUUCAAAGUUUGUGGUUUAAGCCUAGUACAUACUUCCUCGUGAAGUGAACGUUCGCCAGCGGAGAAAGUGAACUUUUGACAUUGCUCACUGGUACACACUUGUGAGUACACGUUGUGAACAUGAACAAUCCAAAUGUCAAAGCUUCACCAACAGUUCCCGUACAUUUUGCACGUGCAUUGCCCGUGAACGAAAACUCUCCACUUUGUUCUCCACUCAGCUUCACGAGCAAGUUCACGGGUGAACCAAAAACUGAAAUUUGUAUAGGUUCACGAGAUGGUUCACAAGUAUGUACUAGGCUUUAUGUAAAACUUACUUUGGAGUAGUAUCGACAUCAUAAACCUUCUGGACAUAGAGGAAAUAUAUUAUCUAGAAUCCCGACUUAAUGGGUUUGCUCUCUUUCGGCCUACAAGCUAAAUUGAUAGGAUUUUGUCCAUAAGGAUAAGCAUGUGUUAGUUGUCCCGUGCAUUUCUAAUGGGACCAAGCCAUUAUGAAUGUAGUUGUUAUCGAAUUUGUGCCAAUAUUGCUCGACCGCGGGGAAAGAAACUAUGAGGUGAACUCAGCCGUUCAAAAAAGAGAUCCGUUGAAUUCAAAAAUUGAAAAAUGAAUGCAAUAUUUUAAGAAAAAUGAAUUUUGCAACUUAUUUUUAGUGAAAACUGUGCUAAAAAUAAUAUUUGACUGCGUUUGGCAAACAAAUUCUAUGAUUUUUAUAAAAAGUUUCGAUAAAAACAAAAAAAAAAAAAAUCAUGUAGAAAGUAUAGACGUACCAUAGAACUGCAAUGCAAACGUGGACUAAUUUGUGUUUAGCCCAGUUUUGACAGAUUUACAACGAGGUGAGAAUUUUGACAACUCAACAAAAUGUAAACAAAACAAAAUUCAUUCCCAGUAAUGCAAAAGAAGGUAAGGCCGUAAUUGAAUUGAAUAAAAUGGGUUAACAUUUAUUGAGCUGUGGAACAGGUUAAAGUGUGUUAAAAUUUGACGUUUCUAUUGAUAGAGAAAUUUGCUCUUGCUUUUGCAACUUUGCGUUCAAACCAAACGGAAAUGGAGCAAGAAAAAAAACGAAGGCAGGCUGGAAAACCAUACAAUAAAUUUAAGUUUGAAAUUAAUUAAUUUAUAUAAAUUCAAUGCUUUUGUUUUCUAGGUCUCACGAAGAAAAAAUAAAACUCAUUCAAACUAGGAUAAGUUUGGAUGAUAUGUUUACAUCGAAAAAUGCAAACAUUAAUGAUGGAUGGAGGUGUAUAGCGGAGCGCUUUGGAGACCCCACAAAGGAUUUUAAGGCAUGCAGGCAGCUAUGGAAAAAUAUGUCACAAAAAUACAAGUCGUUCUUUGAGCAGCAUACUGGUGAUGGUGCCGGUGAUGAUGCAGCCACAAAUAAGGAAAUGGAAUCCUGGCCCUAUUUCCAACUAUUUCACCAAUAUGCUUCCAAAAAGCACAACUACCACCCGCCUUUCCUCUUAGAAAGUUCAUCGGGAGUAGUUUCGCUGGAACCUCUGCCACCAACUUGA